AUGUGGAUAUUUGUUUGUUGUUAUACAGGCAAUGAUGCUUUUACCAUUCGCCAUGACACACUAAACAAGUGCAUGCAAGUGAAAAAUUCAUUGAUAGUGAUAGAUGACUGCAAGGACACAAGUGAAGCUUUAUGGAAAUGGGUAUCCCAGAAUCGCCUCUUUCAUUUGGGGUCCAAGCAGUGCCUGGGACUUGAUAUAUUCACCAAAUCACUGUCUCGCCUGAAAAUGGUUGAUUGUAACUCAGAACUAAUGCUGUGGUGGCGAUGUGCUGAUGCUUCCAUCUUUGGUGCAUCUCAGUACAAAUUGACUAUCAAGGCUACCUAUGUAACUGCAAGCAUAAAUGCAACAGACCGGUGGAGAAGGAACGGUUCCUCUGAUGAUAUAUGUCACUAUCCUUAUCAUGAGGUUUAUACCAAAGAUGGGAACUCCUAUGGAAAACCAUGUGAGUUUCCCUUUCUGUAUAAUAAGACAUGGCAUCACGACUGCAUUCAGGAUGAAACGCAUAUGGGUGGGAAAUGGUGUGCCACAUCUGAAGAUUAUACACAUGAUGGAAAAUGGGGAAUCUGCUUACAACCAGAGGAUGGUUGUCAUGAUAUCUGGGAACAUGAUCCGGGAUCCGAAAGUUGCUACCAGUUUAAUACACAGUCUGCUCUUCCUUGGAAGGAAGCUUAUAUUUCAUGUCAAAGGCAGGGGGGAGAUUUACUUAGCAUCCAGGAUGCAUCGGAAUUAAUCUACAUACAAAGUAAGGAUGACAUCGCCGAGAUCUUUUGGAUUGGCUUAAAUCAACUGGAUGUUUCUGGAGGUUGGCAGUGGUCAGAUCACAAACCUUUGAAUUUUCUCAACUGGCAUCCAGAUAUGCAGAGUUUGUCCCCGUUGGAUGGGACUAGCUGUGUGGUGAUGAAUGCUGCCUCAGGUCAGUGGCAGAGUUACCAUUGUGGAACUCCACUUCCAUAUAUUUGCAAGAAGUCACUCAAUAAUGUUUCACGCCUUCCAGAGUUUUGGAGACACUUGGAUACUCGCUGUGAUUUGGGCUGGCUUCCCCACAAUGGUUUUUGCUACAUGCUGGUAAACAACCAGGCACCUUGGAGCAUGGCGGAUGAGUUGUGCAAAGCGAAUAAGAGUAACCUCAUCAGCAUACACUCAUUAGCAGAUGUUGAACUGGUUGUUACAAAGCUUCACAAUGAUGCCAAAGAAGAAAUGUGGAUGGGUCUCAGGAAUGAAGAUGUACCAACCUUGUUCAAAUGGUCAGAUCGCUCAGCUGUGGAUUUUACAUAUUGGGAUCAGAAUGAACCAAAAGUUCCUUUUAACAGCACUCCUAACUGUGUGUCAUAUGCAGGCAAGUUGGGACAGUGGAGAGUCAGAUCCUGUGAAGAACAAUUGAAAUAUGUGUGUAAGAAAAAAGGAGAGAUUUUGAAUGAAACAAAAUCAGAUAAAAGUUGUUCAUUGGAAGAGGGAUGGGAGAGACAUGGAAACUACUGUUACAAGAUUUAUAAAACGGAAGUUUCAUUUGGAGCACAGUGCAAUCUUACAGUAAUGAACAGAUUUGAGCAAGAAUUUAUAAACAGUCUAAUUCAAAAAAACACCAAAGUUGAAGAAAAAUACUUCUGGACCGGUUUGCAGGAUAUUAGUCAAUCGGGAAUAUAUUCCUGGGGUACAGUGGAUGGGGAAAAAACUGAAGCUGUGACAUACACUAACUGGAAUUCCUUGCAACCAGCAUUUUCAGGAGGAUGUGUGGCCAUGCCCAGUGGAAAAUCUCUUGGAAAGUGGGAAACUAAAGACUGUAAAACCACUAAAGCAUUUUCUGUCUGCAAAGAAUAUAUUGGACUGCCCAAGGAGCCAGAAGUGCUCCCAAAGCCAACUGAUCCCUGUCCCCCUGGGUGGCACAAUGGAUCCGGCCUUGCCUGCUACAAGCUCUUCCACAGUGAAAGAGUGCUGCGAACCAGGACCUGGGAAGAGGCAGAAAGGUUCUGUGAAGCGCUCGGAGGCCAUCUGCCUAGUUUUAGUCACUCAGAAGAAAUCAAGGCGCUUCAUUCUAUCCUGAGAAAAAUAAUCAGCAAUGACAGAUGGGUAUGGAUUGGAAUGAAUAAGAGGAGUCCAGAUUCUUUGGGAACCUGGCAAUGGAGUGAUGAUAAACCCGUAACUAGUGUUGUUAUGCCACUUGAUUAUCUGGAAGAUGAAUAUGAUACAAGAGACUGUGCUGCAUUAAAGACCUCUCAGUUUUCACGGAGAUCAUUUUGGAGAUUUUAUUUCCAUGAAGGCAGGGACCUGGAAUUUUACUUCAAGCCUUUUGAUUGUGAAGCUAAGCUUGAAUGGGUCUGCCAGAUAACAAAAGGUAGCACUCCAAAGACACCUGAGUGGUACAUACCAGAUGAAAUUGGAAUUCAUGGAGCCCCACUUGUUGUUGAUGGAGCAGAGCUGUGGUUUGUACCAGAUAAAAACCUGAGCUUCCAGGAAGCCCUUUUCUACUGUCAAAAAAAUGAUAGUGAUUUAGCCUCUGUGGAGUCUUACCCAAAACUCAGGACAAUACUAUCUCAAAUAGAAAAGUUAUCAAACAGCGAACAGAAGUGGUGGCUGAAGUUUAUCGAUUAUGGCUACAGUUAUCAUUCACCUUUACAGUUAUUUUCACGCUUCCAUGAUCGAUUCCUGAGGGAUUGCUGGUAUGUUUCUAGAAAGAACUGGUAUAGAGACUACCCAGUUAACUGUAAUGUGAAACUGCCCUUCAUCUGUGAAAAAAACAAUGCCUCCUUACUAGAGAAACACGAUCCCAGUUACCGCCCAGUCAGAGGAGGUUGCCCUAAAGGUUGGCAUCAGUUCCGGAAUAAGUGUUUUCUAAAGAUGAAACCCGAAAAUUUAACAUUUAAUGCAGCUAAUGAAAAGUGUGUAACUUUUGGAGGCUCUCUUCCAUCUAUCUCAAAUCAAGCUGAGCAAGAUUAUAUAACAUCUUUGCUUCCUGGUAUGCCGAAAGAUAUUUGGAUUGGUUUGCAGUUCCUGUUCAGUACAAGGGAAAACAAAUGGAUAGAUGAGAGUAGGCUGUUGUAUAGUAACUUUCACCCACUCCUGACAGGAAGAUUAAGGAAAAUUCCACUGGAUUUUUUUGAUGAAGAAUUUAACAAUCAGUGCGGUGUAAUCCUCAAUGAUCCCAAAUCACAGUAUGUUGGAACAUGGAAUUUCACUGCUUGUGCUGACAGGCACUUCUUGGGUAUAUGCCAGCGGCCUAUAGGUAUAGGAACUGCUGAUAACCAGACAGAGCAAGUUCUUAAUGAAACAUUGAGCUAUCAAAACGUUCGAUACAUGGUCAUUCUGAAGAAUUUGUCCUGGAAUGAUGCAGUGGCUGCAUGCAUAAAUAACAAAAUGCAGCUGGUUAGCAUCACAGAUCAGUUCCAGCAGGCUUUUCUCGCUGUUCAGGCUGCCCUUCGUAAUUACCCACUGUGGAUUGGACUCUUCAGCAGAGAUGGUGGAAAACAUUAUGGCUGGCUGGAUGGGAAACAUGUUAGUUUUAGUCGCUGGUCUGAAGAUGAUGAAGAAACAAGCGAAGAAUGUGUGGUUUUGGAUACUGAUGGCUUCUGGAAAACUUCUGACUGUUCCUCUGAAAAUCAAGGUGCCAUUUGCUACGCAUCAGAAAAGAAGAUUGAAAAAGAAGAAGUUACACAAGUUAAGUGCCCACAUAAGAUUAAAAAUACACCCUGGAUAUCAUUUAAAAACAAUUGUUACACUUUUAUGAUAACAAAAAAUAGAUGGAGAGAACUGAAGCCUCAAGAAGCUCAUCAUUUGUGCAAGAAAAUGAACCCAGAAGCAUAUGUUCUGAGCGUUCGAGAUGAAGAAGAGAAUAACUUUGUUACUGAGCAGCUUCAUUCAUUCAGCGGUCUGGCUAUGUGGGUCUGGCUGGGAGUGAUUUAUGAUGACAGUGAUAAAGUUCUCAAGUGGUAUGAUGAAACUCAUCUGACCUACAACAACUGGAGGCUGGGAAGACCUAACAUAAAGAAGAACAGUUUUUUUGCUGGUGUAAAUCUUGAUGGGUUUUGGGAUAUUUAUAGUUAUUCUCAAAGUUGGCAUGCUCAUCACUAUAAUGUGUACAGUAUUCUUGCCUGUAAAAUCGAAAGGGGACCCCAAGAGCGCAAGCCUCCAUUGCCUGAGUCUAUUCCACAUGGAAACAGAACGUACAGGAUCCUUCAGAAAAAGUUAACAUGGUAUGAGGCACUGAGAGAAUGCAAACAAAAUAGGAGUGAUUUAGCAAGUGUACACAGUGAGUCACAACAGUUAUUUCUAGAAGAUAUUGUCAAGCAGGACGGCUAUCCUCUGUGGCUUGGGUUGUCAGUUCAUGAUGGCAGUAAAGCUAAUUUUGAAUGGUCAGAUGGAAGCGACUUUGACUACUAUCCUUGGGAAUUAGAAAACUCAAAUACCACUGAGAACUGUAUUCUGUUGGAUACUAAAGGAUCUUGGAACCGUACAAAAUGUACAAAUGUUGCUGAAGGUGCCAUUUGCUAUAGCCCUCCAAACAAGAGACAACUGGAGCCAAAGCAAGGGAGCAGAGCCUCAGGAUGCCCACAAAUUGGUGGUACCCUACAGUGGAUCCAGUAUAAGGAUCACUGUUACGCAUUUGACAUGGCGUUCUACAAUUUUUCAGUAUAUAAUGUGGAAGAUGCUAAGAAAAUCUGCCAGAAACUGAAUCCUUCAGCAACCCUUCUGACUAUAGUGGAUGCUGAAGAAAAUGCAUUUGUGAGCACACACAUAAAGGAAAACGAUCUCAUCACCAAGAACGUGUGGCUUGGCCUAGCUCAGAGUUCUAAGGAUCAGUCCCUGAACUGGCUUGAUGGCUCAUCAGUUAAUUAUGCCAACUGGGAAAAUAAAACUGCAGAAGUCAGUGAAAAAUGCAGUGUUAUCCUGUCCACAACUGGCACCUGGUCCAAAGUUGACUGCAGUCGUAGUCAAAGCAGAGUGGUUUGUAAAGCUCCUUUAGGUUCUAAUCAUACUGGGGUGGCUGUAGCAUUUGCCCUGCUAAUUCUGUUAAUGUUCAUUGCCGGAUUAGUGUGGUAUCUCUAUAAAAAGAAGCGUCUUUACUGGCCUGCCUUCUCUUCAGUACGCUAUCAAAGAGGAAUGAAUGAUGAUGAAACUGAUGAUGUGUUCACGAAAUAA